AUGCACGGCCAGGGGUCCGGCUCGCCAAUGAAUAGGGGGCGUCCUUGUUUGUUUUACUUCAGACAGGAGUCAAGUCAGCGAUUCGAGGUGGGAAGUUUAAACUUUGUUGCUGGCCGAUUCCGAACGCGUCAAUGGCGACUUGAGGAUUUCCAGCCAUGGUGGAAAGGCAAAACUGUUUGCUCAGACCCGUGGGUUAUCCGUGUGUUGUGGGCGGCGAGGCAUCAAGUCGCCGCAGGACAAGGUGCAACGACCGCUACCACGGCGUUCUAUUGGGCGACCUGGAAGUCAAGCGGUCAAUCCAGACUUCAGCCAGAAGGGAGAGCACUCCCUCACCUCGUGAGAUCUGCUCAAGCUGACUGCUCACCGCGAAUGAUCUUCGUGCCAACAACCCACGGCGCUAAAGCGUCCACCUGCUCGUCCACCAAAGAGCAACGCUUGGAGACGAUGAUUUUUGGCGCUGCUUCUGAUCCAGCAGCCGCCUGGCCCCGGUACCCAGCAUCUGCAAAAUAUGUAUUCUGGUCCAGAUGCGAAUUGUUUCUGACGAACUGCUCGUUGCUUGUCUUCUCCCGCUUUCUAUAUUAUGGGCUUGAUGACCUCGCCUCAACUAUCCGCUUCACGAGGGUUGUCCACAUGCUUUCAUCCCAUGUGCCCUUUCAUAUCCUGUUGAGCGGUUUUCCUUUAACGAAUUUCCUUACCGUUCUUUUUAUUUCUUCGUUCAUUUAUCUUGAUCACUUGCUCUUUGGCAUUACAGCCGGUGUAUCUGGAAUACACCAACGGUCUAUUCGUCUUCUGGUCCCACAUUGCCAGGGCUCAAAAGGCAUAAUCGGUCGCUUAUUUUCAUACAAGGGUGCUGAAAGAUUAAGACUCAAUCUUCACUGCACAAUCACACUGUCGAAUCAUCCCGCUGGCCGGACACCUCGCAUUGAUCCCCUUAAUAUAUCACCUUCGACCUAAUAAUCUAAUACUCUCUACAUUUGGUUUCAUCCGGAGUUGGACGAACCUUCGAAUUCUUUUUCCCCAAAUACCAUCCUUGCUUUGGUUAUCUAUCUGAUUCGAAUUCGCACAUUGCAUUUUCUACCGUUCACAAAAAGUCGACAACUGUUAUCAACGUUCAGGAGUUCCAGCUUUUUGUUUAUUCUUUCUCUCUUUCCAGAACGAUGCCUGUAACCAUGGAGAGAACAACUUCAUGUUAUGAUCGGGAGGCCAUGAACGAAUUUAUUAUGAUGCCUGUUUCGAACGAUAUGAUCCGGUAUCUGGCUCAGAAGGCGUCUGAGGUUCUCCAGUGCGGAGAUGAUGCUAUGCCACCCACGCAGAACCGAGGCCAGCCCAUCACUCCUCCAGAGAGCCCCCGGCCUGGUGCCACCACCUCGUCCCAGCCUGCUCUUCCAUCCGUCGACUCAUUUAUCCGCAACUUAG